AUGGCAUCCUCAGUGAACGGGAUGAAUGCUUACCGCCAGCUUCUUCGCGCAAUGCGCAUCGCAUUCGAAGGUGACUUCCGAACGUACCACGCCGCUCGUACCGAAGCCCGGAGGCAAUUCGACAUGAACCGCCAAUUGGGAGAGGGCACACCCGCGCUGAUCCAAAAUGCGCUGGAAGUAGCGCAUAUUUUGAAAACAAACAUAGUGCAGGGAGAAAAAGUUGAAACAACGAAUGAGAAGGGGGAGACCGUAGAUCGUUACUCUUUGAGGAUACAUGAGCAUAUUGAGCGUGGGGAUAACGAUACUGUCAAGACGGCUGGAAAAGAGAAGGUGAAGGUGAAGCCCUGCUCGAAGUAG